AUGAAAUUCAACAAAAGAUGUCUGACUGCGUUUUCUGAUGAAAGCCCGUUCAUGGCGAUGGGAACAAAGAGCAAGCUAUUUGAUACGUCGUUUUCGCUGACAUCUGAACUGUUUCUGUAUGAUUACAGUCUUGGCAUACAGUAUCCGUCACUACAGACAGACAACAAGUUUUAUAGAUUGAAGUGGUGCGAGGGGAAAGGGCACAGUGUUUUGGCGACUGGCAAUGAAGAAGGAAAGAUGACUUUAUAUACAGCUGCUCCAGAAAAGGGAGUCUCGUUUGAAAUGCUCUCGAGCUGUAAUGUUUUGGAAGGAAGUGUUCUUGGACUUGACUUCAAUCCGUCGAAGGAGGUACUUGCGGCUGGGUCAUCGAACGGGAAGAUUAUAUUUUGGAAUUUGAACAAGCUUGAUAGCCAGUACACAAGCGAUAUAUCGAUUUCGUCCAACAUUACAUGUCUUGCAUGGAACAAGAAGGUGUCGAGGAUCCUCUGUGCAGGUACAGAUGAUGGAAAGAUACUUAUUUUAGACAUACGGGCGAAGAAUGUGGCAAUGACGCUUGGAGGAGAUGGGAUAAACAUUGUGAAUGAUGUUAUGUGGCACCCGAGCGGAUCAACUUCUGUGCUUGCUGCCACAGACAAGAAGGCACUGCAGUGCUUCAACCUAAGCUCUGAUAGCAUGUGUGAGAUAGGAGAGCAUGAGAAUGGGAUGAUUGGCCUGUCUGCUAUUGAUGAGUUGCACAUUGCAGCUGCGUCAAAAGAGAAGAUAAGCAUAAUUGAGAUGUCUGAUAACAGAGUGGUUGAUACGAUUGAUGUUGAUGGAGUAAUUGAGAUGAGCUUUUCGAAGAAAGAUCCAUUGAUGGCGUUUUCUUAUGCAUCUGGAACCACUGAGGUAGUUCCUAGGGUAAGCAUGAAUGUGGUUCCACGAUACUCUUCAUGCAUUAUUGGAAAUAAGGUUAUUGCAAAGGAAACUUAUGUGAUUGAGGACGAAUACCUGGACAAUGUUGAGGAGGAUGAGUUUCAUAGGAAAGUUAAGGAGUUGCUGUACAAUAAUGGGAAGUAUGAACUAAACAGAGAAGAACUGGGUGAGCUUAUGUUAGAAGAGUGUAUGAAGAUGAAUGAAGGAUGCUCUGGAGAUGAAGAAGAUUUGAGCAAAGGUAUUGAAGGACUGAAGCUUGAUGCAAAGCUUGAUCUUUGUGAUCCGUUGACUCUAUCACUUAUCAGAGGAGACAUGGAGGAGGCGUAUGAAAACGCAACAAAAAGCAAAAAGAAAGUUUCUUUAUCGCUUCUACUUGCAUUGGCAAAGGACAAGGAUGAGUUUCCGGAGUGCCUGGAUAGCUUUGAUGACAUGUUGAUUUUACUAUCGGUUACACAGGUAACUUCUGUGUUUUCAAAGCUUUUAGAGAAGAUAUCUGCAGAUCAAUGGCUAGUUUUUCUUGCAACGAUCAGCUUUUCGAUGCUAGAUGAUGAAGAUUUUGUUGAAAACUCAUUGGAGAUGGCAGAGAAGUUGAGAGAUGAGCAGAAGUUGUGUGUGUAUGCGAUUACGAACGAUCUUGAGAAGUAUUUUGAACUGAAAGCGUCUAUGUACAAGAAGCCAACAAAUGUGUAUGAGGUACGUGAAUUUUUCCAGAAGUAUAAGGGCUUGGUCAGUGAUUUGGAGUUGAUGGGAGGAGCAUACAAAGAUCAGAUGAUUAAUGAGUAUUUCUGGUAUGGAAUAGCACAUGGAGAAAAGGCGCCGGAUAUUAAGUAUGAUGAUGUAGGCAUAAACACGUAUCUUGGGAAUUUGAAGAUCCAUCAUACUGUUGGUAGUAGAAGUUUAACUGAAAGUGAGAAUAUUUAUGAUGUGAAAGAUACGCAUAGACCUACUGUUACUAAACAAGGGUCUCAAAAUAUACAUGAAUCGCAGAAAGUGAUUACUUCUCCAAAGCAUAAGGAUGCGAGUGUGUAUGGAAUGUCUCAGAAGCAUGGAGAGUGUGACUCGCAUGUACAGAAUGAUUUAAAAAGAGGAUCUAUGAUUACGGAAGCGUCUUCAAGUGGCUUGAAUAAGAUUAAGACCACGCCACCGAUGCCAUUGAUUGGAGGCAUUCCACCGAGGCCACAAGUAUCUUCAACACCGAGCCUAGGAAAAGUGGACAGUAAAUCACCUGCUUUACAAACACCACAACCUCGUGCAAGCAUUCCAAGACCUGGAUAUGGCACAUCAGGGUCAUCAGCAUAUGCAAGUGCAUCGGAGGAGAUACUUUCUAAACUUUAUGCAUCUAUUGCAAGCGCAUCUUCUGAAUAUCUAAAUAAAUCGCCGUCAACGCCUGUUUAUGGAUCGAUGGCUCAAGGAGCAGGAAGUUCGAUGAUUGGGAAGGGCACACCACCAAAAAUUGGGAUCCCUAAGCCUGGAAUGAUCUCAAGUCCAAUGAUGAGUAAUCGGGAAAGUUUCUUGAAGCCUGGAGGAAUAGGCAUGAAUGGAUCUGGAAGCUCUGUUAUGAGAUCUCCACCGCCUCAAAUGGGACAUCAAAGUGUGAGUAAUGCAGUAAAGCAAGAUGACUUGGAUUCUGAAAAGAUUCUUACUGAGUUUGAGUCUCUGAUAGACGACUUAACGGAGAAAGCAUCUAAGAAAGCGAACCUGAUAAUGAAGAGCAAGCUCAAGGAUGUGUCCAAGAAGUUUACAUUGUAUAAGAGUGUGCCUAGAAACACCUUUGGAACGAGUGUGUUGAGAGGAUUGAAUGAGAUAAACAUGGAGUUGAAGAAUAAUGUAAGUGUUGAGGAGAUGAAGCAGAAUGUGCAGAGGAUUGCUUCUGAAUGCUCAAAGAGUGGAGAGAACAAUGUAGAGAUAUGGAUGCCGUGUGUUUACACGCUAUUGCAGAUUGUUUAUCAUCGUGAUUAA